AUGAAUCGCUUCCUCAAAAGAAAGGACAAGAAGAAGGGGGAGCCAGAGCCCAAGCCCGAGCUUAACAUCGCAACGGCACUGCCAGCCGCCGAUGACUUCCGAACGAGUUUGAUCUUGCCUGGCUUAUCGACGCGUUUUAGCAUGCUCAGGGAGCAGGACGACCCCAAUUCCAAGCUUGGAAAAGCCAGUGACGACAGCGUGCUCCUCCCCAAGCGACAGUCCCGCCUGCACGAAUUCGGGUUCGCCCCUGGAGGCCUCACAGACAUAGCCGAAGUCUCAUCGUUGAAAGGUUCCCUCAGCGAUUCCCUAAAUGGCCCAAUUCGGCCGCCGUUCGCCUCGGAGCGCUCGGGCUCCUUCGACAGCCAGGCCACCGAGGAAGGCGCAAGCAUGAUGAGCAGAGCACGACCAGGAGAGGGUAAUGUUUUGUUUGGAGGCAGGCAAAAGAUCUAUAAGAUUGGUGGCAGCGGAACGUCAGGAGGCAGGCUUCUGUACGACGAUGAUGUACACUUGUCGACGUUCCAGAAGAUGCGACGUGAAGAGAAGGAACGACUUGCAGCGGAAGAGGCAGGCGAAGCUGUCGGUGAACCGUCAAGUCCUACCAAAGAUGCCUAUUCUCCAUCCAUAGAAGGAUUCAACCGUCGAAGAGAGACGUCAUCCUCAACCAACUCUGGAAGUAAUGCGCGCAUUUCUACCGCAGCAACCUCUGUGGCUUCGCAAGGCGCCAACUCGGUGACUCCUGGGCCUACAUCGCCUACGGAAAUCACCAGAUCUACGACCAAAGCACGGAGGCUCUACGACCAAGGUCUAGACCAGCAAAUGUAUGAGCAGCAGUCGUCAGCCAUGAACCGCCUCAACUCGAUUCAAAGGACACGGGCACAGACCGGUCGUGCUACCCCUCCGCUACUGUUCACUCAAACAAGAUCUGCGACAAACUUGAGUGAUCGCUUCACAAAGGGCGGAGCUCUCCGUAUGGAGAGUCCCACUUUCCAGGUCAAUCCCGGUUUCCCCAACGGCAAAGACUCUCCGACGAACGCGUCAAGCCCAAUUCUUUCUCGACCCCAGUCGCCUUUGAGCCCAUUGGCCAGCGACAGCGAAGAUGCUCAAACACUCAACACCGCACUCCACCCGCAGGACAGAGGAAAGGCUACCGCGAUGGGCGCUUUCAACAAGCCGAAAAAUGCCUUCAGCGAAGAGCAGUACCGGGAGCGUCUCAGGCAGAUGCAACUGGAACGCGAAGCAUCGAUUGCUAAACUUGACAGUCCUCGCAAGACCACCUUCCCGGACCAUGUAGAGCCACCCGUGCCUCGGAAACCUUCUCUGUCGGAGCGCACCGAAGUAGAGAACCCCAAGAAGCCAUCUCUGCGAGAGCGUGCAGAGCUGGAGAAGCGAAAGCGAGCUGAAGCCGGCGCUACGACAGCUGGUGCCGCCAUGGAACGAAAGCGGUCCGAAUCAUCGGCGAAGCCCAAGGAAGCACCCUCGGCAUUCUCAGUCUUCCAAUCAGCUGCACACCAAAUGAAGGCCGCGCCUGCCACGGCCUCUCAGUCUCCGAUUCUGUCGCCUCACAAUGUGCAGUCGCCCGAUUCACAAAAAGGGACCACCUUUUUCGCCUCCGCUGGGUCCAGCGAGGACGAGAGUGACGCCCCUCAGCCCGCUCCGAAAUCUUCGGAGCGAGGCCGCCGGAUAGAAAACCUCCCUGUGGCCACUGGACCUGCCCCUUCGAUCCUAGAACAUCCUGCUCUUCGCUCGCGAAGCAAUUCGCGGCCACCGCAAAAGUCUGAUCACCCCGCGUUGCGCUCACGUAGUGACUCUCCGCCAACUCAGGUUGAGCCUCACUCGUCACCAAAUCCAGAGCCUUCUGGUAAGUUGGAUCUCGACUCUCCCACGCUGGGUCCCAACAAUGGUGGGCUUAGCGGCCUCAUCCGACAGCAUCUGCGCAAUGUCAGCAAUGUCUCGUCGAACUAUGAUGACGAUCGUCAAAGUAUGAUGAACCCUCCACCACUGCAGACGCAAAACAUUGGACUAGGUCUUCAGCGCCGACAGCCCCAAAAAGAGACAGACACGCACUCGAACUCGACCUAUAACCACUCGAAUCCUUGGGAUCUUGAUGACCUCGAGAGCAAUCCAUUCUACAACGAAAGGGCAAGCAUGAGCUCUGUGAGCCCUGUGGAUGCGCCUAAACCCCAACCACAGGCCUACCCCAUCUCUCCAAUGUCGCCUCUGUCUCCUGAUACGCCCUCAUUCACGCAGGAUGAGGAUAAAACGCACCAGCGUGGCCGGAGUGUAGAGGAGCACGAAGCUUUUCAGCGGGAUCUUGCGCAACGCCAACGUGCCAUCCAGGAAAGUCUCCGCGCUCGUGCUGAAGGUCGUUCUACAAGCCCUGCACCUGCACCAGGCGGGUCUGGAGGUCUGAAAACCGCUCUCAACAUGCUGCGUGCGAAAUCAAGCCGGGAAUCUUUCGCUACUGUCGACAGCCACCGAAAUCCAGACGGUUCUCUUAAGGCAAUGAAGGUGAUUGGUCUUGGUGCAAACUCGGUGAACGCUAGCAGCACUUCUCUCGCUGGUGUCCCCGAAGGAGCCUCUUUUCGCCAAAAGCAUAUGCGUGCGCUCCCACACGGCGAGCCACGACAGCGAUCUGCAACUGGCGACAGUAAUCGUGGUGUACCUCCGCAGAAUCGAUCACCUCCCACGUCCAGCAGAGGCUCGGGCAGAGAUCGAUCCAGCUCGGAAUUAUCAUCUGGCCGCUCUCGCAGCCGUCCUCCCCAAUAUCGGGACGACCUCCAACAGGCUAUGGGCGAAGGUGUUGGUUCUAGAUCUAGUCAUUAUCCUCCUAACUCUACUCCGUCAAUGCCUGGGUACUCGGUCAACACCACUCAGCCGUUGCCUGCCGAGCGACCAUCCCCUGAUCAGAGCCGCAAGUCGAGGUCGCGAAGCAACAGCAAAUCAGCCGCCUAUUUUGAGUCGAAGCAUUUGAAGCCCAUCCAGACCGGCAAUGGAAUGCCUAAUGCUCCGGCUGCUCAUAUGUCUGGAAGCCGACCUCAACAAUCGCCUGGGCUUCCUGUAUCACCCCGACCUUCACCUGGCGGACCAAGCCCCGCUUUCCGUCCUCAAGUCUCACCUCUGCCGGUUUCCGCAGCCAACACCCCGCCGGUGUCGAACCCCGGAACCCCGGACAAGGUAGCUUUCAACCCGGAUGCGAGGCCCCCACCUAUGCCAAAGGUUGGCACCCUGCGAAAGAAGUCCAUUGCGAAGGCCGAUAUUGGCGAGCCGGUGUUUGUUUCGACAACCUCAGUCAUAGACACUGUCAAUCUGCCGCCCGGAGCUUCGCUCAAGAAUGGUAUGGAGACCCCGCCGCCACCAGUUCCUCCAAUCAACCCGCGAAGACGCUUUGGUUUUGGGCGCUCGGAGCAUCGCGACCCAGCGAUCCAUGCUGGUCUUGAUGCACCUCAUGCUCCAUUUGCCAACUCGCAGAGGACCAAUUCCUACGAAGAGAUGUCUGACCAGUCUGCUUCAUCCAGGCCAGCAUUGAGAAAGACAAUGAGCGAAGGGAGGAGCCUACACGGGAAUGCGCAGAUCCAGCCGAUGAGCAGCCCGCCCAUGCCCGCCGGUCCAUUCGCAUCCCGGAAACCCUCACCACCUCGCCCCAUGAACGGCGCGCCUGUGACACAGCGGAAUAUGGACGGCGCGAUGUUCUAG